GGCCGCUGCAGGAGCGGCAAUGAAGGAGCUGGCGCAGGAUCUGAAAAUGGAGUGUGAUAUUCUGGACGUGCUGGAAGCUUUGGGGUACAAAGGUCCUCUUUUAGAUGAAGAUGCCCUUAACAAAGCAGCAGAAAGUGGUCUGGCUUCAGAAGACUUCUGCGAGCUUUGCAUUUGGUUAAGUUCCCAAAUACAACCGUUGUGUGGUCUGGAAGAGAGCCUCUCAUCAACAGCUGAUGCCAAAGAUGUUGAAAGUUUACAGCUGGAGAUGAGUGGGUUUUUAAAAGAACUGGCCUGUCCUUAUUCCACGCUUGUAUCUGGAGAAAUUAAAGACCGGUUGAAGAAAAAAGAAGAUUGUCUUAAAGUCCUAUUAUUUUUGAGUACAGAACUUCAAGCUUUGCAAGUCUUGCAUUUCAAACAGCGUACAGGAUCUCAUUUGGCAAAGAAUAAUGAAAUCCAUCAAGAACUCCAAAUGAUCUGUGAUGCAUUGGAUCUUCCAAAGUCAUCUGCUAUUCCAGUCUUGUUAAGCAAUGCAGAAUCAAAGGUUAAGGAUGUUUUAUCAAAAAUUCCAAAUAGAUGUGUGGGUAAACCUCUGCUCAAAACUCCUUUGAAUCCAGAUCAAAUGGAAAGGUUGGAAAAGAUCAAUGAUGCCCUUUGCACUGAAUAUGAAUGUCGCCGUCGUAUGUUAAUGAAGCGCUUAGAUGUAACUGUACAGUCUUUUGGGUGGUCAGAUAGAGCAAAGGUGAAAACAGAUGAUAUUGCAAGGAUUUAUCAGCCCAAGCGUUAUGGACUCACUCCUAAAUCAACUAUAUCAUUAGCCCAUCUUCUGGCUGCUCGAGAAGACUUAUCAAAGAUCACAAGAACAAGCAGUGGGAUUACACGGGAAAAGACAAUUUGUGCCAUCAAUAGAGUCUUGAUGGGCAGAGUACCAGACCGUGGAGGCAGACCAACAGAAAUUGAGCCACCUCCUCCUGAAAUGCCUCCCUGGCAGAAGAGACAAGAUGGUGGUGGGAGAGGAGGGGGUGGAGGAAGAGGUGGUUGGGGAGGAGGAGGUGGAGGGAGGGGAGGAGGCGGUGGCUGGGGAGGAGGGGGUGGGGGUAGAGGAGGAGGAGGAGGCAAUUGGAGGGGAGGGGGUGGUUUUCAAGGUAGGAGUGAUUACAGUGGGAGAGGAGGGUAUAGCGGGAGAGGUGGAUAUGGAGAUCCCUAUGGUGGAAGGGGGGGAGGAGGAGGACACAGGCGAUUUUAACCAUGUUAAUAAUACUAUUUACUUAGACCAGGAGAUCUAGGAUAAAUUAUAGCUGACUUCACAGCAUGAUAUCUGAACUGCAUAAGCUUCCUUACUGAUGAAUUGCUUUUCGCUAUAACAACUUUGCUUAUGAUCAAUUUUCUACCUAGAUGUGACUUCUGUUUAUGACACUGAGUGUGUUCAAAUUGUACACCUGUACAGUUGUCAUAUGAAACUGAUUAGAUGUGCUUUGAAGCCCCCAAUGUAAAGAUUUUCUUUCUUUUGUACAUGCAUUAAAACAGACAUAAAUGAACUUGGUCUCCUGUGAUAGCUGAAGGCAUAGGGCAUGUGUGAUUUUCUAUGCAUAAGUGAUAUCUGUGUAGAAAAUGUAUCGUGUGAAGCUGCCCUCUUUGUUUUGUCAAGUGAAAAUUUGACCUGUAAAAGAAGCCAUUGUUUGUUGCUUUGGCACUCUGUGUGCCCUUGAGUGUUUGGAUUUUUAUGUAACAAAAGUAAUUUUUAGAAAUAUAAAUGGAAAAACUGAUUUUCUUUUAAAUGUUCAGAUUUCAAUCAACGUGUUUUACAAAGAAUAAUAUAGGAAGCAUACUAUGUGAGAAUCUGUCACAUCUUCUAAAAAUGUUUAUGGAAAAGUAGAAAGGAAUAUAGUUUCACUAGCUGGAAUGUAUAUUUCUGUUUUAAAAACAGGAUCCAACAACAGGUUUCCAUGAAAGUGCAGUGGAUGGCAGUCCAUACUGCUUGUAUGUAUCGCGGUAGUUGCUGUGAUAAAAGCCAGUCUGGACAGGGCAAACAUCUGCUCAUUUGGCAUUCCAAAAAUUUACUCUAGGAUGCUGUGCUAGAAAGUGUCCAUAUAAAUAAUUAGCCCUUAAUCUACUUAUGCCACACUGUCCAGACUGUCCAGAAGGAAGCUAGGUUCAGUCUAUGUGUUUGCGUGUAGGCAGGUAUGCCUGGUGUUGGACAUGAACCUUCCCCUUUCCCCAGCCGACCUCAUCCUUUACUACUGCAAGGAAUUCCAGUUGGUGCAUCUGAAUGAACGGAGGUGCGGGGCUGUUUGACAAAGCUGAUCUCUUAGAGCAGAUGGAUGGAGGAUUUGUCUUCAUAGCUCCUGAUUUUCAUGAGGCCUCAAAUUCUCUUUUAGAAAAAAAAUCCAGUUUUCUUUUUGCCUUUCAAAGGCUUAUGUGCAUAUUUGUUAUAUAUCUUAGGUGACCAUUCUGGCUGUUGUAAAGUGUAGACUUUUUAAUCCUCAGUGAGAAACAGGUCAUUUCACUGUGCUCAGACAGAAAGUGAAGAGUAGGAAAUUCAUAUUUGUUUUUAAAUGUCUGCUUAAAACACAUUUUUUUCCUGAAUCAAGAGACUUGGGACACCAUUAAAAAUGAGUAUCUGUAGCUAAUUAAAAUGUCUGACAAGUCUUGGAGCCUGUGAGUUUAACCUCUACAGAAUGCAAUAAGUCAUUUUAGAACCUUUCUGUGCAUCAAUUUUUAGGUAUAUUUUAAACCUGAAUACUGUAUUUUGUAAAAGUUUAGUUUAAUGUAAAUAGUUGGUGUUAUGGAAAACUCAUUUUUACUUUUGAACACUUUCCUUUAAAAUGUUUGUUCACAUAUACAUGGAACAUCUAUCCAAAUGUUGCUUUUUGACCACCAAUAGAAAAAUGUUUAAACAAAUGUGUUUUUAAAAAAGGUUUGUUUACAUUUGCAAGCACUGACUAAUAAAGUACUGUGAAAAGUAA